ACCAUGGUUUUGAAGCACAACAAUCAGUUGCCUAACCAGCAUUUCCGCAAGCAAUGGGACCGUCGUGUUAAGACUUGGUUCGAUCAAGCCGGUCGUAAGAAGUCUAGAAGACUCGCACGUGUUCAAAAGGCCGGUCGUAUUGCUCCUAGACCCGUUGACGGUCUCCUUCGUCCUGCUGUCCGUUGCCCCACUGUCCGUUACAACAUGAAGUUGAGAGCUGGCCGUGGUUUCACUCUUGAAGAACUCAAGGAAGCUGGUAUUCGUCGCAAGGAAGCUCGUACCAUUGGUAUUGCUGUUGAUCACCGUCGUCGUAACAGAUCCAAUGAAUCCCUUGAACUCAAUGUUCAACGUUUGAAGGCUUAUAAGGCCAAGUUGAUCGUUUUCCCUCGUAAGGCCGGUAAGCCUAAGAAGGGUGAUGCUGAGGCUGCCGAAGUCGCUGCUGCUGUUCAACUCCGUGGUCCUCUCUUCCCUGUUGAACAAAUCCCUGCUGCCCCUGAAGCUCGUGCUAUCACUGCUGAAGAAAAGAACAAGAACGCUUACAUGACUCUCCGUUAUGCUCGUUCUGCUGCUCGUACUCUUGGUGCUCGUGAGAAGCGUGCUCGCGACAAGGCUGAGGAAGAAGCUAACAAGAAAAAAUAAAUUAAAUAGUUGAUACGCAGCAUCGUUUACUAUUCUUACGUUGCUUUUAUUUUUUUUUUUAUAUAAAGGAAAAGAAAAUAAAAAAUAUACAUAUACACUGUACAUUAUAUACAACGAA